AUGCCACGCAGCAACCCUUCACCUCCAGGCCACGACAUGGCGAUGCCCGCAACGAGCAUGAUGGCCAGCAACCGCGCGGCCUCGGCGGACCGGACUGCCAGCCCGCCCGCGCGCACUGUGCCCGAGCGCCCAGGUGCGCCGACCAGUCCGCGUUCUAGUUUCCUAGGGAGUUUUAUGCGCGGCCGCUCCCGCGCAGCGAGCGUCACCAACACGCUCACGGGCGCUGUCAGAGGCAGAGUCUCCUCGCCGACCGUUGAGGCUCCGAACCCACUCGAUUCAGUGAACCGCACUGUGUCCUUGCCCACGGCGCCACAGACGGUCGAUCUUCCCCCGGUUGACCCCGCGCUCAGGCGCACACAUCGCAUUCGCCUUGUGCCGGUGCUCGAGUCAAACCGCUCAUUCUCGUUUGAGCCCGUCCAACGCGAGAUGGGCGUCAUGCACGUCCCGCCGGGCAUCGUGCCUUCCAUCGCGGCUGCCAGCAUGGGCACCGCGGGCCCACUCGUCAACGGGCGUUCUCCUCCGCUCCUCAUGAAGAUUGGUCGCUUCACUGACCGGGUGCAGCAGGCAGCCGCGGCUGAGGCAGCGGCGGCUGCGUCGGCAGUGGUCGCCGCCGCAAGCGAAGCGGCGGGACCGUCAGCGGGACCAGAGGCAGCGGCCGCGAGCUCAUCCGCGGCAAUGGUGGCCGCCGCAGCUGCACACGUGCCCCUUGUCGGAGGAGGUGGCGGAGAUUUGCUCUCGCCUCGCGCUGCGUUCAGGAGCAAAGUUGUGUCACGGUCUCACGCCGAGGUCUGGUGCGAACCAGGUGGCAAGUUCUACAUUCGAGACACGGCUAGUUCGUCAGGCACCUUCCUCAACCACAUACGGCUGUCGAGUCCCAACGUCCAGAGCAGACCACAGCUGCUCAAGGACGGUGAUGUGCUGCAGCUCGGUGUCGACUACCAGGGCGGUGCGGAGGAGAUGUACCGCUGCGUCAAGAUGCGCGUCGAGGUUGGUCGCGAGUGGCAACAGCGCGGCGCGUCCGAGUUCAACAAGAAGGCGAUCAAGCAGCUCACGGCGCUGCGUGGCGAGACUGACAAGCCCGGUCAGCCAGGCCCAUCACAAAGGCCAAAGGGCCGCGCCGUGUCCGACUGCUGCAUCUGCCUCUUCUCUGUCGCCCCGGCCCAGAGCCUGUUCAUUGCCCCCUGCUCGCACGUCUACCACUACAAGUGCAUCCGCCCACUUCUCGUGCAACAUCACCCUGGCUUCUCCUGUCCGCUAUGUCGCACGUACGCGAACCUGGAUGAGGACGUCGAGAUUGAGGACGCAUGGGACGCUGCGAGUAGGAGGCUGUCUGUGCGCUCGCGCCACAACUCGACCGGCUCAAUCCGGCCCGAGCCAGAGCUCGAGGAGGACGUGCUGGGCCAGCUGAGCAUCAACGGCGUUCUCGCCUCGGUCAACGGGGAUGACACGAUGGAGAUCUCUUCGCAUGCCAGCGAGGGCACGCCAGCUGUGAGCGGCACCGGUACACCUGCUGAGCCGGACGAAACGACGCCGUCGAGAGCGACCACGACGCCCAUGGCCAUUGGAGACCGCCCGACCCUGGACCGGCAGGACACGAGUGUGAGCGUCAGUCUCGCGCAGACGCCGAUGAACGACAUCUUCCUUUCGACCCUUGUCCUGAACAACACCACGCCGACGUCGUCAAACACGCACGAGACGCCGGGCGGAAGCGUGGCGGAGUCUUCGGUCCGCGCGACACCCGAGAUCCCCGAGGAGCCGGCCGCUGAGGAGCGUGCCACGCGCGCGUCGACUGAGCCCAGGCGGCGGCGUGGCAGCACCGAGAGUGGCCAGUAUCUCCUUCUUGCCGACUAG